AUGACUUCGUCUUAUUCAAACAUUGGCACCGAGGAAGGAGCUUCUAUCGGGGAACUGGCCUCUGGGGAUUUGGCUGCGGUCGAGCCCCGCCAGGACGAUGGAUUAGAGGGCACUUCUCGCCUCUUCAGAACGUUAUACACACAGGCACAAGCGCUUGUUGAGAAAGACAGCAUGAUCAUGCCUUUCAGUACCCCUGGUGGCUAUGUGCACCUCGCUCGCCACCUAUUCCCAGAGCUUGUUUAUGUCCAAGAGUCGUUAACUGGAGAUCAGGGGGACCCUGCCAUCCAUAUUUCUCAAUGGGUUCGCCAGGUUAUCGUCGUGGUCGGAGACGAGGGUGGCCGUGGCGGGCUUAUCGACAGUGAUGACGAGUCAGCACUUGGUGAAAAGGAAGACAAGUGGUGGAAAAAGAGGGCGUCACUGGACUCGGCAAGCGCAUUGAUGUGGUUGAUGUUGUCCGAGUCGGAGAUGACUGGCGACGACGAGUGCGUGGUCUGGACUAGUUCAGAUCAAGUUUCGGCCCCAUGA